AUGCCGCCAUCGAGUGGGCAUCAGCUCAUUCCGAAGGUCUGGCGAGUAGCCAGGUUUGCCUUCGAGAAGACUGCGCGAGCAAUCAGGAACAGACUUCCCGAUGCCCCUGAACCCCGAGCCCUCCAGCUCCAGCCAGCAUAUAUUCGUCCGUCUGCCAGGACUCCUGCAAACCGGAUUGCGGCUCUCAGGCCACAGACUCGUCCCUUUACAACUGGCCGUGUGUCCAGUCGUGUCGCCGGUAUCAGAACCGCCCAGCCGCUGAAGAUCGCCACCCAGGUCAGUCGGUUGACAACGAGGACUCCCUUUGCGUCGGCCCUCCGCCCAAACCUCACAGGAGGUGCCUUUUGUCGAACAGCAGGAGGAUAUGCGAUCGGUGCAGGGAAAAUAGGUGGAGCACGAUACUUCUCCAGCUCUCCAACAUGCCCCGCUCAGGUUAUCCAGAAUGUCUCUGUAGCAAUGCGUUCGUUCUGGCUGUCUGGCCAGAGAGUCCGCUUUGACGGUAUUGACAAGCGAACUGGUGCUAAAAAGUACAAAGUUGUAACUCCUUUGCAGCAAGAGGCCGGCCGCAAGAUGGAUGCUAUCUCCCCAGCCGCCUCCGGAUCCUACGUUGACUUCAAGGUCUCUCCAACCAUCACUGCUCUUGGAUGCUUCAAGUCCAUGCAGAAGGGAUCGUCUUUCGCCGCCGAUGAGCAGCCAACUCUCAACUCUGCUGGUCUGCUUGACCUUCUUUCCGGAGAUUUUGCUCGCGUGCUCAAGGAACUCGCCGCCGUCCUCAACGAUUUGAAGAAACUCGCCACACUCGGUGAUCUUCCCAUCUCGUUACAAGAUCAGUCUACCAUUCGCGUUCGAUUCCCGGGAUGCGAUGCGGAUACUGUGGAAAGGCUGUGUAUCGAGGCUGGUGUUCAGAGAGGCGUUGUCGGCCAGGACGAAGACUUCGAGAGCAAAAACGGAGCUGACAUGGCACUCCUCUUUCCCUUUGCUCUCAGUCACCAGCAUUCCGAGUCAGGAUCUUGUCCGCGUGAAAGUCCGUUUAUGCGAACACCGGAGUAUGUCAAUUGGCAGGAGAUGAUGCUCUCGAACAACUCCGUUUCUCCCUUUGGUACCCCAGAGGGUGACUUUUCCCUCUUGAACCUGUCUGAGGAGAAUCCAUGGGCUCGUCAACCAUCUGAUUUUUCCAGUGUUGGCAUCAGCGAGCUUGGUGAUCGAGCAUUCUUCCCUGACAUCCGCUACCCAACCCCUACAGCGUCCGACUACGGAGGCAUUGAGGGAGUCUGCAGGUUUAUCGAGGAAUGCAACCGAGCCAGCCGUUAA